CCAGCGCCCUUUCUCAUCUUCAGUUUGUGUCUUCCUUGUGGCGUACAGCAGAUUUUAGCAAUGAAACCUACUUCAUAUGUUGUACAUCACAAUUAUAUAUGUAGAUGUGUAUGUUUAGAUUUAGCAAUAAGUCGCAGCAUUCUCUUAGUUUCAGGUCUUCAAAUUUUGCUGCCCUGGAUUCUUCAAACGUAACAAUGUUUUCAGAUGAUUUCUUACAGAAACUCAGCACCCAUGGAUUAGUCGAACUGGGAACAGUCCUCGUCACAAUGGACAUUUCAGGACUCUACACCAGCAUCCCCCAUGAUGAUGGCAUCACUGCAACAUCCUCAGUACUCAAUACCAACAACUGCCAAUCUCCGAGCGCCAUCCUACAACUCAUCCGCUUCAUUCUCGACUACAACAUCUUCACCAUUGACAAUCAGUUCUUCAAUCAGACAUACGGAAUAGCCAUGGGGACCGAAUUUGCACCCCAAUAUGCCAACAUUUUCAUGCACAAUUUCGAACAAGAUGUCUUUGCUGCACAGGACUUCCAAUCACUACUGAUCUGCUCAAAUGAGGAAGAACGUGAUGGACACCUAACGGUGCUGAAGGACACCCUCAUUAGAACAGGAUAUAAUGCUCAACUCAUCGAUCACCAGUUCCGAUGUGCCGCAGCAAGAAGUAAUGACCUCCUCAGGAGACAGACACUGGAUGCGACUGAUAGGGUACCUUCCAGUACUUCCCAGGAGUGA